AUGGCGAGCCUGGUCGCCAUCCUGGACAUGAAGGGCAAGUCCCUCAUCCAGAGGAACUACCGCGACGACGUGCCGCCGUCAUGUGUGGACAAGUUUCUGCCCCUGAUCCUCGAUAUGGAGGAGGAAAAUGUCCCGUUGACGCCGUGCUUCACAGACGAAGGCAUCAACUACAUGCACAUCCGGCAUAACAACUUGUAUCUCCUCGCCCUGUCGAAGCGCAACUCGAACGCGGCAGAGAUCAUCCUCUACCUCCACAAGCUGGUGGCCGUGCUCACCGAGUACUUUAAAGAGGUGGAGGAGGAGUCGAUCCGCGACAACUUUGUCAUCAUCUACGAGCUGCUGGACGAGAUGAUGGACUUUGGGCACCCACAGACGACCGAGUCCAAGAUCCUCCAGGAAUACAUCACGCAAGAAUCUCACAAGCUUGAGGUGCAGGUCCGUCCGCCAAUGGCAGUGACCAACGCAGUGUCCUGGCGUUCCGAAGGUAUUCGGUACAGGAAAAACGAAGUGUUCCUCGACGUUGUGGAGAGUGUCAACAUGCUCGUGAACGCGCAGGGCAACGUUGUGCGUUCCGAGAUCCUCGGCGCAGUCAAGAUGAAGUGCUACCUCUCGGGUAUGCCCGAGCUGCGCCUUGGUCUCAACGACAAGGUCAUGUUUGAGACGACGGGCCGCGCUGCACGGGGCAAGAGUAUCGAGAUGGAGGACGUCAAGUUCCACCAGUGUGUGCGGCUGAGUCGGUUCGAGAACGACCGUACGAUCAGCUUUAUUCCCCCGGACGGCGAGUUUACACUCAUGAGCUACCGUCUCAGCACGCCCGUCAAGCCGCUCAUCUGGGCCGAGGCUAGUGUGGAGACGUACCGAGGGUCACGUAUCGAGUUUAUGGUCAAGGUCCGUGGGCAGUUCAAGCGCCGGAGUACCGCCAACAAUGUCAAGAUCUUUGUGCCAGUUCCCGAAGAUGCCGACAGCCCCAAGUUCAGAGCGGCCGCGGGCAGCGUCGUGUACAUGCCUGAGAAGGCCUGUUUCUGCUGGACAAUCAAGAACUUGAAAGGAGGAGCCGAGCUCCUUAUGCGCGCACACUUUGGCCUGCCGUCUGUCGCGUCGGGCGAGGUCGAUAGCAAGAAGCCGCUCUCGAUCCAGUUCGAGAUCCCCUACUUUACGCUCAGUGGUAUUAACGUGCGCUACCUCAAGAUUGUCGACAAGACGGGCUACACUGCGCUCCCAUGGGUCCGGUACAUCACCGAGAGCGGGCAGGACUAUGUGCUGCGCACGAUCCACGACGCAAAGUCGAGCUCGAUCAUUGCGCCGUUGUAG